AUGAGGGUGCAGCUCAUGAGAGCACAGACGUUAAGGAGUCAACCAAUAAGGGCACAGAGAAUGAGACUGUAGCCAAUGAGGACGCAGCUAUUCGGUCAUCUGACACACUGAGGGCUGAGUCCAGAGGGAUGGACCCGAGGGUGGACAAUUACAACAACAACAGUAGCCAAGCCAUGAGUCUAUCAGAGUUACUCCUCUGCCUCCACCCCUGUGGCUCUCCCUGAGCCCCUGAAAGACUCCAUAGGUCCUCUUCACAUUGAAGAUCCUGAAUCCCCAGUCUGAAACCCCCAGCCCCAGCCCCAGGCACCAUCCCCCAGCCUGCCUGAUAAGCUGUCUGUGACCCUGGAGGACAGGCUUUUCACUGGGCUGUGGAGGACAGGGCAGGACCAGGGAGGACAAGAGUAUGUG